UGUGACAUGUUGAACUUCCUACAUGUUGAAAAAGGUAGCCUUAGAAAUCUCAUCCAUGUAACGUUGACCAAGUCAGCCCUCAUCCUUUGAUUCGUGCUCUGAAUCACCCCAUCCUUUUGUGCUGAAAUUCUGCAAACAAUUCAAAUUCCUUGCAUCGACAAACGGAAGGGCUGGUUGUGUUCGCGGCGAAUUGUGGGCAAAUUCCGGAAAAUAUUCCAGUUCCUAAGGAUUUUGAACCGAAAUUGUGAGGUUACUGUGUUUUCCGGUUAAAACUGCCUCAAUUUUGUCUGAAUUCAGUUAUCAGUAAGCCUGUUGUGAGUGUGAUUGAAAAUGAGCAUCAUUGGACUGGACAUUGGCAACGAAAACUGCGUUGUAGCGGUGGCAAAGCAGUGUGGUAUUGACGUGGUUUUAAAUGAUGAAGCGAAGCGAGAAACCCCCGCAAUGGUCUGUUUCGGCGAAAAACAGCGGUUUCUUGGUACAGCAGCAGUGGCCUCGGCUACUAUGAAUCCCAAAUCCACCAUAUCACAGAUCAAACGACUCCUUGGAAGGAAGUUUUCUGAUCCGGAGGUACAGAAGGACCUCCGCCUCUUUCCUUUUGAGGCUUCAGAGUCUCCCUUGGAUGGCUGUGUUCUAAUACAUGUCAAUUACAUGUCAGAAAACAAUAAAUUCAGCCUGACACAAAUCCUCGGUAUGAUUCUGUCAAACCUGAAGCAAAUUGCCAUGAAGAGCUUGGAAACCACGGCUGUUUCCCACUGUGUGAUUGGAAUACCGGCCUAUUUUACAGAUUUGCAGCGGCGAGCGUAUUUAGACGCGGCUACCAUAGCUAACCUUAAGCCUAUUCGUCUAAUGCAUGAGUCUGCGGCUAUUGCUCUUGAUUAUGGUAUUUAUAAAACAGAUUUGCCUGAAAUCGAGCAAAUAAUCGUUGUAUUUGUGGAUGUAGGGCACUCUGACACGCAAGUAAGCGUUGCAGCCUUUAAAAAGGGCCAAGUAAAGAUGCUCAGCCAUGCCUUUGACAGAUCCUUAGGCGGCAGGGAUUUUGACGAGGUUCUUUUCAAUCAUUUUGCCCAGAAAUUUAAAGAAGAGUACAAGAUUGACAUUCUUACAAAUCAUCGCGCGAGCUUGAGGCUUCGUGCUGCUUGUGAGAAGCUGAAGAGGGUUCUCAGUGCAAACGCAGAGGCGUCUCUUAAUAUCGAGUGUUUAAUGGAGAAGGAUGUGCGAGGGUUUAUCAAAAGGGAGGAGUUUGAGACGCUUUCGUUUGAUUUGUUGGAGAGGAUCAAGGUGCCCUGCAAGAAAGCUUUGGAGGACGCUCAGUUGAGCUCGCAUAAGAUAUAUGCAGUGGAGGUUGUGGGAUCCGGUUCAAGAAUUCCUGCAAUUAUGAGGGUUUUGAGUGAGUUUUUCAAGAAGGCAUUGAGUAGAACCCUGAAUGCCAGCGAGUGCAUUGCCCGAGGUUGCGCUCUUCAGUGUGCUAUGCAGGCUGCUAUGCUCAGCCGUACCUUUAGGGUUCGGAAAUUUGAGGUUCAAGACUCUUUUCCUUUCUCCGUUGCUCUAUGUUCGAAAAGUCCUGCCUCAGAGACAGAUGAAGAGAGUGUGCCAACACCAUCGGAUCGUUUCUUAUUUUCAAAGGGUGAUCCAAUACCUAGUACAAAAGUGCUAAGUUUGUGCAAGAGUGGACCAACCUUCACGCUAGAUGCUGAUUAUGUUGAUACAGGGGAUUUACCUCCAGGAACAUCUCCAAAGAUUACCACCUUCACCAUUGGCCCUUUCCAAGCUACUAAAUCUGAGAAACCAAGGAUCGAAGUGAAAGUUGGCUUAAAUUUGCAUGGCAUUAUAACAAUUGAAUCAGCUUCCCUUAUAGAGGAGGUGGGAAUCCCAGUUACUGAGUCACCAGCUUCUAGAGAAAUAAAAAAGAAUAAGGAUGUUGAGCUUUCUGCAGAUGCAGCAGGGGAUGAUGCUGGAAAAUGUUAUGCCUCUACUGGAUCUACAUCUCCUAUAGCUAUUAACUCUAGACAGCAUAUGAAAAAGUCCAAGAGGACAGACACACUAGAUAAUGAGGUUGUCAAUAGAGGCUUACCACAAGAGGAGUUGCAAAAAGCAGUAGAAAAAGAGGUUGAUUUGGCACGUCAAGAUAAGAUUAUGGAGGAGACUAAAGAUACGAAGAAUGCUGUGGAAUCCUACAUAUAUGAUAUGCGUAAUAAGCUUUCUGACAUUUACCACAACUAUGCAACGGAGUCAGAGCGGGAAAAAAUUUCAAGAGAUUUGCAGCAAACAGAAGAUUGGUUGUAUGGGGAAGGUGACGAUGAAACCAAAGAAGUGUUUAUAAAAAAGCUUGAUGAACUUAAAAAUAUUGGAGAUGCCAUUGAACAGAGAUACAAGGAGAAGGGAGCUCAUUCACAAGCAGCUGCUGACUUAAUGCACGAUAUCACUUCUAAUCGAAAUUUAGCUCCAUAUAGAGAUACUAAAUAUGAUCAUAUAGACCCCAAAGAUAGACAAAAGGUUAUUAAAACAAGAAAGCAAGAUUCAAUGCCAAAGGAUGCAGAUCCAAUACUUCCCUCAGCUCAAGCUGAUACCAGAAAGAGAACCGAGGUUUCGAAUAGGAAUUUCAAACCAAUUAUGACACAACCUAACCAAAAUGCACCUCAUGGAGGCGAACGGUCAUCAGAGCCAAUGGAUAUUGAUCAUGAACAGGAUCCUGAGAAUACACAUUCAGAAUGAAGAACUUAAAUCUGGAAAGGAUUCUUAGGUUUGAGUUAUGAACAUUCUUGACAAUACACAUUCCAAAUGAAGACCUUACUCAAGGAAUGAUUUUUAAGGUGAAGUGGAACAAGUUUUACGUCAGUUUCAUGUUCAAACCCUGUGCGGAUUAUAUUACUUGAAUGAUAGUUUCUGCAUCUUACUUUUAUGGGUUCUUCAGUUUUCAACUUAAUACCAUGUGCUAGUUAAGUACAUGGGCUGUGGAUAUUUGGGGUUUUGUCUCUCCAUUUGACCAUGUAAUUUGACAUAUAAAACUAAUUAAGCAGGCUGCGGAUAUUGAGGAUUUUGCCUCUAUUUCACUAUGUAAUCAGACAUAUAAAGCUAAUUAAUGGCUUAUAUAGAUUCUGCCUCGAUUUUUUGAUUCUUCAUAUUAA